AUGGUUUGGGAAGAAAUUGAGUUUCUUGAAGAAGAGAUAAGAGCACUAGAAAAUGAGCUUGCAGAUGAGGGGAUCGAAGAGGAUAUGGAAGAGGAGAGCGAUGUUGAUGAUGAAAAAGGAACGGAAGAAGCGGAGAGUCUGAGACUCUGGCUCGCUGGACAGGAAGGUGAAAUUCUGGAUGCUGGGGAGUUGAUCCUAGCCACAGGAUCCAUCAAUCAGGUACCGAUCGAGAUCGUCGAGUGGGUGAAGGUGGAAAGCAAGGAGACCAAAAGCCAGGAAAAUCAAAGUAGCCAAAACAGCAAAAAAAGCAAGAAAAGCCAAACCCCCAAGAAAGGCCAAAAAGCCCAAAAGACCAAAAAGCCCAAAAGGACCAAAAAGCCCGAAAAGACCAAAAAGACCAAAAAGACCAAAAUGACCAAAAUGGCCAAAAAGACCAAAAAGACUGAAAAGACCAAAAAGACCAAAAAAAACCAAAAAGACCAAAAUGACCAAAAAGACGAAAGAAUACACAAGGCUAAAAAUCUGGAGGGGGCGAAAGCUAGCGUAAGGGUGGAAAAAACGGAAGGUGGUGUAAAAACAUGGAAAAAGAGGAAAAAGCCCAAACAGUUUGGUGUAAAUCAUCAAAAUUUAGGGAAAAAUGGACCUUAA